CGGAACGUUUUCCCGCUCCGGACGGGCCACCCACCUUUGCAAGCAGGGGUCCGGCGCCGGAACAGACACCCAGUUUGCAAUUUCACCAGUCUGCCCUUCCUCGUCCCGCUGCUCCUCGUCCUAAGAAGCUCUGCUGCCACACAGCACUGCGCUCACCUUCUUCGCCGGCAGAAUUGCUACGCUGAAAGCCAGGCCCCGGGAAUCAGGGCAAACGCCACUGAAUUUGAAACUGGCGGGUCCCCUCAAUAAAAGGCUGCCGGAACAAACCCCGCCGCUGCGCAUGCGCACUCCGGGACGCGCGCGAACACGCAGCAGCCAGAAUCUACAGGGGCGUGGUUUGCGCGCGCAGGAACUUGGAUCUCAACCCCAGGGCUAGGUGCCUCCUCCCGCUGCUUUCCGCCAGCUGCGGGGUGUGAAAUUAAUCCCCGCCGAUUAGCGCCAGGUGUACUAAGCCCUGGAUGGUUCCCUGACCAGAUGAAACAUCAGCCGAUGUUCUAAUGCCCGUCCCCUGGGCGCUGUCCCCGAGAGGGAAAACCUGUUUUCUGACCCCGGCUCUAGUCGGCCUCUGGAGGUCUGCAGCUGGGUUAUUUUACCUCUGAAACGGACGACACCUGCCCCGCUCACCCCAGCGGCUCCUCCACACGGAGAGAUGGUGUUAGUCAAAGGCCGUCUAGAUGACGAGUUUAUGAAAUUGUUCCUGGCCCGUGCCAGGCACGACCUUGCAGAGAGCCCAGAAGAUGAAGCCCCAGCCCUGCCAGGAGCUCACCUGCUAAUUAGGAGGACAACGAAUCAACUCACCUCCCUAGACUUUGCUUCUCCUUUAUUCAGUGAGGGAUUGGACUAGCUGGUCCUUAAGGACUUUUCAGAAAGUCUGGUUCUGGGAGAUGACCAAUGGGAUCAUCUUAUGCUAUGAGCUUUCCUGGAGUGACAGGUAAUGGAGAGUGAGGAGAUUUUACCUGAUAUGGUCCUGUUUGCACCAUCAGCCAGCAACCUUUCUGGGAAGCAUGCUUAUUAUGUACCAACAUAGAAGCUUGAAUAUAAGGUUCCUCAGGCCAGAUCUGACCCACUGGCAUUUAUUACAUUUUCUGCUAAAGGAGCCACUCUCAACCUGGAAGAGAGGAGAUCUGUGGCAAUCAGAUCCAGAGAGAAUGUGGUCUUCGUACAGACUGAUAAACCCACCUACAAGCCUGGACAGAAAGUGAUGUUUCGAGUUGUGUCUCUGGACGAUCAUUUGAAACCAGUUGAUGAAAUGUAUCCAGUGAUCACCCUUCAGGACCCAGAAGGCAAUCGAAUACAACAGUGGGUGAAUGAGGAGUCUGUGGGAGGGAUUCUACAACUCUCCUUCCAGUUAAUCUCAGAGCCCAUCCUCGGAUGGUAUGAAAUCACUGUGGAGAUGCUCAAUGAGAAGAAAACAUAUCACUCCUUCUCUGUGGAAGAAUAUGUGUUACCCAAAUUUCAAAUGACUGUGGAUGCACCAGAAAAUAUCUUAGUUGUGGACUCUGAAUUCCAAAUGAAUGUCUGUGCCUUGUCUGCCCACAUCAGUGCCCACCAGGAAAACUGCUGCUGUGUUAUCAAGAAUUUAAAGGCCAUGCUAUCCAUCAUGUGUUACCUCACAUUGGUGUUCCCCGCUUCUUUCACUCAGAAUCCUAACUCUUCAGAGACACAGGAAAGUGCCAGUUUCAACAAAUGUUGUGAUUAUCUACAGGCAAGCCAUGCAACACCCGUUAAACAUUAAUAUAAAACUACUGCUCAUCUUUAAAGCAAUGAUUUAAAGCCAUAAAUGUAACAGGAAGAUCUAAUUCUGGAAGAUAUACAAAUGCCGAAAGGAAAAUUAAAGCCACUUACCCCGAGGAAGAGAUGAAGGUGAAGAACUUUCUGGGCCUGAGUCUGUGGGAACACAGAAGAAAGAAAGAAGAACUGAGACUUAAAUGAAGCUUAACUGGUACAUCUGAACUCUGAUGAGUGAGAAGUCCAAGCAAAUAGAAAAGCCACAGCCAAACGGCUUUGGUAUCAGGAUGAUGCUGGCCUCCUGAAAUGAGUUAGGGAGGAUUCUCUCUUUUUCUACUGAUUGGAAUAGUUCCAGGAGGAAUGGUACCAACUCCUCUUUUACCUCUGGUAGAAUGUGGCUGUGAAUCCGUCUGGUCCUGGAGUUUUUUUGGUUGAUGGGUUCUCUACCUGGCCCGUGCCUUGUUGCCUGUUCCUUUACUGUACAUGUGAUGACAAGAAAAGAAGAUGGACCCUCCAUGUUGAACAUGCCUGGCCCUCAGAUAAAACUCUGCAAAGACAAUGUCUAGCAAUUAUAUCUCCAGUAACUCCUGUCAAGGUUUAUUGUUGCUUGUUCAUCAUUGCAGUCCUGACUACAAGUGUGAUUGCACUUUCUAUUGUUUUGUCAGAAUUUCCUGAAAAGAUAAAAAGGCCCUUCUGACCAUUGGAUUGGCCUAAGAAGAGAAUCAUCCCAUCACAUUUGGAAAUGGACAGACAACAUGGAAUAUAAUAACAUUUUUCACACAUUUAUAAAACAAUUUGGGAGGAGACUGGAAAUCAUCUUGACUGAAGACCACCAAUGGCAGCAGUUCAUUUGGGUACAGCAGCAAGCAUCAGUUAAAUACCUAUCAACAUAGCUGGGCUUGGCUUGCUAUCAGAGGAGGUGGAGAAUGUGCCUUCCUGAAUGACAAUGGAGUCAACAGUGGCAGAAUCUACAUGAACAGAAAAUGGAUUUGUAGCAAGCCAAACAAUUAUGUCUACAGUUGCCAGUUAUGUCCCCACUGGGAUACUACCUAGUAGAGCUGUGAGAAGAGGGCCACCAUCCUCCAGACUCCAGAAUGGUGGAAUCAUCAGCAGCUUCCACCAUGCCCCUGGAAAAACUGCAAGUAACAGACCUGCACAUGUAUCCCCUACAUCUAAAAUAAAAGUUGGAAAAAAUGGAACUUUGAUGUUAAGAUGCACUGAUACAAAACUUAAAUUUUGGUCUCCUACAUUAAAACAAUAUGAGUCUCUUAAAAUAUUGAUUUGUUCUUAGUAAGAUUACAAGAGGCUUUGAUUUUUAAUUCUGCAAUGUUUCCUUAACAGCCAUUCUGAAUUACAAACUAAUUCCUAUUUCUGCCACAUUCCUUCCUGAGAACUGUCUAGUCCUGGUUUGGGAUUUAUCUUAAAGGUCUAGAAAGGCAACAUUUUACUUCAGCAAAACUUGAUUCUAUAUUGUUGUUUUUUCUUAAUGUGUCAAAAUUGUUUUGUUACUAGGAUUUCCUAUGUUGUUACUAAAUGUAUUCCCCUGAUCAAGGUCACUGGCCUAGAAAACAAAGAUUCUGUGUUUUACCAAGAUAAUUCCCAGUGCUUCAUGGUGUCUUUAUUAGGCUUUGACUGCUUAGGGAAACUGAGCUUUAAAAGGGUAAAAGUUUUUCCAUCCAUGUAACUUUCUGAGGUCUUUAGGUUGUCACUCUGAUUAAAUGAGUAGUAUUCUUAGCAGUGACUUAUUAUCUGUUGAAGGAAGUAUUUUAAGCUUUUUGACAUCUUUGGCAGGUUUCUCUAGAAUCCAAAUCCUAAAUUAAGCCUUUUGGCCUAAAAUUGACUGGGAUUUUUCCAGGUGGACCCCCUAGAUAUGCUCCUCCAAAGGCUUGUCUUUCUCGUAGAGUUAUUAAAUGAUUAGGCUUAUUUGGCAAAUACUGCUAGAAGCAUUGUCAAAUAAGAAAUGGUGUUUUACCUUUCUUUAAGCUGUGUUUGUGUAAGUUCAUCAUUUAUAGAAAUGUGAAAUUUUAUGAGAUUCCUAAGAUACUGACAUGCUGAGAUACCUAUAAUAAUUGCAAUUUUUAUGUUGGAUGAUUGUAUGCCACAGAAACACUUAAAUUUCCUGGUUAAUUGGUAACGUUAAUCAGAUCUUUACCUAUGGCUGUUCUGGGUUUUUGUCAUUCACAGUUAUUUUAAUUUCUUCUUUGGAAGCGUUCGCAAUCAGCUAUAGUCCAAAAUUGCUAAUUAAGAUCAAGCAAAACAAAAUUAAUUACAUAAAAUUAAUUUAUAAGGAUGUUUUUAUGACUUAAAUGUUUUAUUUUCCAGAGCCAAGGAAAUUUUCUGUCACAAGCUAUCUAUCAUUUGCAAUAAUUUGAUAAAUAAUCCUUUGUGAACAAA